AUGGUGAAAGAAACGACCUACUAUGACAUAUUGGGUGUCAAACCCACUUGUACAACCGAUGAAUUGAAGAAGGCAUACAGAAAACUUGCACUUAAGUAUCAUCCAGACAAGAAUCCCAAUGAAGGAGAGCGCUUUAAACAAAUCUCACAAGCUUAUGAAGUACUUUCUAAUCCAGACAAAAGAAGAAUAUAUGACCAAGGUGGUGAACAGGCUUUGAAGGAAGGUGGUGGUGGGGGCAGUGGCUUCUCGUCACCAAUGGACUUGUUUGAUAUGUUCUUUGGCAGCGGAUACAGUGGAGGAAGACGUCGCGGUCGUGAAAGGAAAGGCAAGGAUGUCAUUCAUCAACUAUCAGUCACACUUGAAGAGCUUUAUAAGGGUGCUGUUCGUAAGCUAGCCUUACAGAAAAACGUCAUCUGUGAGAAAUGUGAAGGUCGCGGAGGAAAGAAGGGUGCCGUGUUAGUAUGCCCGACAUGCCGAGGUACAGGAAUGCAGGUUCAAAUCCAACAACUGGGACCUGGAAUGAUUCAACAAAUACAAACAGUCUGCUCUGAGUGCAGAGGUCAACGUGAAAUCAUAGAUCCUAAAGAUCGGUGCAAAGUUUGUCAGGGCCGUAAGACAGUACGAGAUCGUAAGAUCAUUGAAGUGCAUAUAGAUAAAGGUAUGACAGAUGGACAGAAGAUUAUGUUUAGCGGUGAGGGUGACCAGGAACCAGAAUUGGAGCCGGGUGAUCUUAUUAUAGUAUUAGAUGAGAAAGAACAUGAGGUUUUCAAACGUACUGGUAAUGACCUCAUAAUAAGAAUUAAUAUAGAAUUGGUAGAGGCUCUGUGUGGUUUCCAGAAGGUAAUAAGAACUUUAGAUGACAGAGAUAUUGUGAUAACUGUGUUACCUGGAGAAGUGACUAAGCAUGGUGAAGUGAAAUGUGUUUUGAAUGAAGGUAUGCCUAUGUACAAAAAUCCAUUUGAAAAAGGCCAGCUGAUUAUGCAGUUCUUGGUUAAUUUCCCCAAUCGCAUUCCUCCUGAAGUCAUUCCAGCCUUGGAGAACUGCCUGCCACCUAGACCUAUGGUGGAGAUUCCAGAGUUAGCUGAAGAAUGUCAACUCAUGGAUCUAGAUCCCGAACAGGAGUCUCGCCGUAGAAGAGCCCACCAGGGUAAUGCAUACGAAGAGGAUGAUGAUCAUUCAGGAGUCAAUAGAGUUCAAUGUGCUACUGGCUGA